AUGCUCCGUGGAAAAAUUAGUACCGGCUGGCGAGUCGUCGCCAUUCUCAACACUAUUGUUGUCUUCCUAUUCGCCAUUCUUGAAAAUUCUAGAGGUCUCCGCAAACAUUUCAUUUUCUUUGAAGGAAACUGUGAGACAAGCAAGACUAUUAAUACAUGGCUACAUCUACUACUUAACGCUUGCUCAACAGGCGUACUCGCAUCGUCCAAUUUCUUAAUGCAGCUCCUUAGCUCUCCAACGAGAUCCGAGGUUGAUAGGGCACACAAAGCCAGUCGGGCGCUUAAGAUUGGUGUUCAGUCACUCCGAAACGCCUUUUGGACGUCAAAAGUCAAGUUCAUAUGCUGGAUUCUGUUUUUCGUCAGCUCGUUUCCGCUUCAUCUGUUCUUCAAUAGUGCUAUUUUUUCAACGGCGUAUAUGAGAGCUGAUUGGCACCUUAAUGUGGCCUCCGAAGGGUUUGUCGAAGGGCACCGUUCCGGGGGUCGGGGGCUACGUUAUGGCCUCCAGAACAUGGAUCGGACGGAUAUGGAUCACCAGGAAAUCGAAAAGAAUACUUAA